AUGACCUCCGAACAGAAAUCGUUCCUGAUUGGACGAAACCUCGAUCGCGGGCUGAGUCAGCAACCCACACUCGCUAAGCCGGCGAUCUUUUCAAUUCCUCAACCUUCCUCCGGUCAGCUCCUUUCAACGAACGAAGCUCGUGGACCUCAUCUUCUCGCCCAGCUAGCUUUCAUCGACAGCUUCGACAAGCCAAUAUACAACUUAUUCGAAAUGGCCAAGGCAAAGAAGACCGGCGAUACCCUCGCCUCCCGUCUUGCCCUUGUUAUGAAAUCCGGCAAAGUCACUCUCGGAACUAAGAGCACCCUCAAGACCCUCCGCUCUGGCAAGGCUAAACUGAUUCUCAUCGCUGCCAACUGCCCUCCUCUCCGCAAGUCCGAGCUCGAAUAUAUGGCCAUGCUUGCCAAGUGCCCCGUCCACCACUUCGGCGGAAACAAUAUCGAACUUGGAACUGCUUGCGGUAAACUCUACCGUUGCUCCGUCUUGACCAUCCUCGAUGCCGGUGACAGUGAUAUCUUGAGCCGUGAGGCAUAAACUUGUCCAUGAAAAUUGUUGUAUUCACAACUGCGAGAAGAUGACUCCGAUGGUCCUGAUGCCUAAUCAGAGCACCAUGUUGUAAACAGCGUUGAUCCCCGCGUGAAAAGCUCUGUCUUUUCUCCGGGCGCCACGAGAGUGGGCAGCCUCGUCGAGGGGCGACACGCAGUUUUGCAAUGAGCUAUUAGUUUAUGUAGCAAACUUCCGUUCAAGCAAUGAAGGCUACAUAUUCCAUUG